GUUCCGCGCCUGCGCACCACGUUCCUCCCGGCCUGCUGUGGAUUCGCACCUACGUACAGUGGACCUUCAUUCGUCUGCUGUGGAUGUUUCUCUGGCUGGUGCAAUACAGGGAAGACUCCAGUACCGGAAGGAUUGACUGAAGGAGGAAGUCGCUCCAGCCCUUUCUGAAGAGGGGCGGCUCCCACCUCUGCCUCCUCAGUGCUGGGAUUAAAGGUAUAUCUCCAUGAAUAAUUUAAAUGAUCCCCCAAACUGGAACAUCCGGCCCAAUCCCAGGGACGAUGGGGGCGAGGGAAGCAGGUGGAAUUAUGCCCUGUUGGUGCCGAUGCUGGGACUGGCCGCAUUUCGCUGGAUUUGGUCCAGGGAAUCCCAAAAGGAAAUCGAAAAGGAGAGAGAAGCAUCUCGGCAGCGAACAGCCGCUUUCCAGCGGGACCUGGAGGCCAAGUACCACGCCGUGGUGUCGGAACAGCGGCGCGCCGUGGCUCAGCUCUCCUUGGAACUGGAAAAGGAGCAGAACAGGACAAGCAGCUACCGAGAAGCCCUCAUCUCUCAGGGGCGCAAGUUAGCGGAAGAAAGGAAGCUCCUGGAACGGGAGCGGGCGCAGGUGAUGCAAGAGAAAAGCCAGCUGCAGCCUCUGAGGAGCGUGUACCUGAGCUGCCUGGAAGAGGAGGAGGACUGGCAGAGGAGAGCCCGGCUGCUGCUCAGGGAGGUGGGCGAAGCUCUGGUGGAACGCCAGAGCAUCUACUGCAGCCCAGUCCUGCCCCGCAGCACGAGGCUGGAGCUGGAGAAGAACUUACUGGUGCGGACGUCCACCGAGCCCCUGGCUGCUGACCUGGACAUGGCAGCGGGCCUGACCGAUAUUUUCAAGCAUGACAAGCACUGUGGGGACGUCUGGAAUACCAACAAGCGUCGAAACGGGAGGCUCAUGUGGCUCUACCUCAAAUACUGGGAGCUUCUUGUUGAGCUGAAGAAGUUUAAGAAACUAGAAAAGGUCAUCCUAGAGAAAUAAGAGAGAGCCAGCAUAGCUCCAGGCCGGUCUGUGUUCUAGGACCCGUGACGUUUGCAUGGCCUCCCUGUCACCUGUGCGUGCGGCCGGACGCGCAGCCACCUCCGCGGGGACUCCCAACUCCCCACCCUGCGAACAGCGAAGGUUUCUCUGUGAACGAUUCAGUUCUUCUGAAGCAUUAUUAGGAGCUGCUAAUAGUUAGCAGAAAAGUACAAUCUCACAUUUUAGUUCUAGGGGUAAAAAUUAUUUCUGAAAGAGCAGACGCAGUAUUGUAAGUUUCUCUCAGUUUUUAACCUCGCUAAAUUAUUCUGUAUUUCCCACCAGAUGCUUUGGUCUCCUCUUAGUCCUAUCCGGAAGUUGUGAGGUGACGCGUAGCUGUGCCUCUCAGAUGACAGGAGCCAAGGUUUUAUUUUGUUUGAAGAGCUUUCUCUUUGCCAAGGCAGGGGGUCGAAACUACACGUGACUUGUGUCCAGUUGCUGUUGUACGUAAUGUAUAUUUGGCCCUGAACUGGCUCUGUAUUCAUCAAACAGGGAUUAUUUUCUAGCACUGGCAUGUAGUCAAAAAUACCUGCCAUUCACUUAACAGUAACGUCACUUUUUUAUCUGUGAUUUUUUUAAAAAAAAAAAUUUAUUUACAAUCACAGAGAAUGGGUAAUGCCAGGGCCUCUUGCCACUGCAAAUGACCUCUAGAUGCAUGUGCCACUUUACCUGGGUACUGGGGAAUUGAACCUGGACCGUCAGGCUUUGCAAGCAAGCACCUCUAACCGCUGAGCCUCUGUGUGAUUCCUUAGAGUGUCCGUAUGUAACCCAGGCAAGCUUCAGAUUUGGGAUCUUCCUGCCUCAGCCUCCCAAGUGCUGGGAUUAUAGAUGUGUACCACCACACAUGGUAUGGUUCUUCACAGAAUGUUUUGACACGCAUUAGCUCUAUUUUACUCCAACUUAAAAGGUAGUCAGGCACUUACCACCUGUUUCACGUGGUGCUUAGAUGAGUCGUGCCCUUGUGCUUCAUUCUCUUACAAAAACCACUUCUGAGCCGGGUGUGGUGGCGCACGCCUUUAGUCCCAGCACUCGGAGGCAGAGGUAGCAGGAUAGCCGUGAGUUCGAGGCCAGCCUGAGACUGCAUAGUGAAUUUCAGGUCAGCCUAGGCUAGAGCUAGUCCCUGCCUUGAAAAAAAAAUCACUUUUAAGGGAGGAGGGACUUAUUUCAAGGGUUAGUUCAGGGAGGCCAGCCAGCAUCAGAAAGUGGACUAUAGAACAUCCUCAAGGCUUGUCCUCCAGUGAGCCACCCCCGUGAUCAAGGCUCUACCUGCUCUAGGUUUGACAACCUUCCCAGACAGUGCCACCCUCCGAGGAACAAGCGUUUAAACACAUGAGCCUGUUGGGGGCAGGUUACAUUUCAACCUGCUGUGGGUGCUCUAGGACUUGGCAUAUGGUUCCCCAGCGAGGCUAAGACACAAUCCACAGAGGGAGGAGACACAAGGGGCAGGUAGAGGGACCCAGGUGUGGGCUCCCAAACGAGCAUGCUUUAGCAGCAAGCUGUGACAACGCAUGCGGCAGGUCCCCAGGGAACCUCUCUGCCGACCGCGCCACACGCUUGACAUGGUGAGGAACAACUCCACACGUCCUCAACUUUCAGGGCACACGUUUGACAUGGUGAGGAACAACUCCACACGUCCUCAACUUUCGGGGCACACGUUUGACAUGGUGAGGAACAACUCCACACGUCCUCAACUUUCAGGGCACACGUUUGACAUGGUGAGGAACAACUCCACACGUCCUCAACUUUCGGGGCAGGGGAUGCCUAGAACGGAUACACAGGAAGGGAAUCUGCGUUUAGGGUAGUGUUGGGGAGCCUACAUGUGAUUACUUGACAGCAGCCCCCAAGAAGGGUGGUCAUAUCCGGUGCUCCCCCCUGUACCCAUCUUUCUGCAAUAGGAAUAAGAUAAACUUGAAGAUGUUCGACUUACGGAAAGCAAGUUCAGUUGUCGGAUAAUGGUAACGGAGAACCAGCUCUCUCACGUGUUCUCCUAGUAAAGUUCUCAGAACUAUAAAUGUAACUAUAACUGUAGCUCCCGUUGAAGCUCUGUUCAGUGGAUGUAUUAUGCCUUUCUGCUAUACUGCCAGCACUUUAAAAACAUUACAUAUAUAUAUAUAUACAUAAACACACACACAUACAUAUACAUACACAUACAUACACAUUUCAUUUCAACGAGAGAAAGACAGAAUGGACACUCCAGGUCCUGCAGACGCACGUGCCACCUUGUGCAUCUGGCUUACGUGGGUCCUGGGGAAUCGAACUUGGGUCCUUUGGCUUUGCAGGCAAGCACCUUAACUGCUAAACCAUCCCUCCAGCCCCUGCCAGCACUUUGAGAAGUUGUUUUCUCUGAUAUGUCUAGGAAAUACUGUUUCUUAGUACAUCGGACCCUAGGGGAGCCACAUUGGUUGUAGUUUCUCUUAACUCUCCUGAUCUGCUGUGUGUCCCUUAGACCCUGGCUUUGUGUCCCCACCCCCUCCCGGUAGCAGGGUCUUACCUUAGCCCAGGCUGGCCUGGAACUCGUGGUGAUGCUCCUACCUCAGGCUCCCCAGUGCUAGGGUUAAAGGCCUGAGCCACCACACCUAGCAUGGGCUUUUUCCCUCUAAAAGGGAGAAAACCAGCUGCUUUGCAGAUAAAUUCAAAGUGGCGUUUUCUGGGUUUACUGCUCAUUCUUAUUGUACUCUCCUAACGUCAGUCCAGCGUGCGCACAUCUGGACCUCCAGUGUUUCGAUGUGUGUGAGUGGUGUGCACGUGUGUUGCACAAGCUGUCCAACUUUCCCGCAGGAAACCAGGAACUUUCCAUGUUACAAAAUCCAAUUCAUUGGGUUACACUGUUUCAGAGUUGACAAGCGCCUAAGGCUGUCCAACUUUCCCGCAGGAAACCACAUCAGGAACUUUCCAUGUUACAAAAUCCAAUUCAUUGGGUUACACUGUUUCAGUGUUGACAAGCGCCUAAGGCUGUGUUGAUACAGUGAGAUUAGAGCCCAAUCUAAAAGUGUUAUUAAGCUAGCUGGGCGUGGUGGCGCACGCCUUUGAUCCCAGCACUCGGGAGGCAGAGGUAGGAGGAUCCCCGUGAGUUUCAGGUCAGCCUGGGCUAGAGUGAGACCCUACCUUGAAAAAGCAAAAGUAAAUAAAUCGCAGUGAAGGAUAGGAACCCAAGUGCUUCUUGGUACGUGCAGAAUUUAGAGACGCUUUUUAGAGGCCAACAUCUGUCUUGGCUACUAUCCUGGAGGCUGUAAUAACUGCCAGCCCUCCAGGGCCAAAAGUCUGAACUCUUGGGAGAAGCUGCCUGGGCAGGUCCUGGCUCCAGGGGGCAGAAGUAUGACUUUUGUCUUGGAUUUUUAUUUAUUUACUUAUUUUUGGUUUUUCCAAGUAGGCUUUCGUUCUAGCCCAGGCUGACCAGGAAUUAACUAUGUUGUCUCAGGGUGGCCUUAAACUCACGACAGUCCUCUUACCCCUGCCUCCAGAAUGCUGGGAUUAAAGGCGUGCGAUGCCACGCUCAGCUCAGUAGUUCCGCUUUCUAAGUGGAUUCCCUGUGGCUGCUUAACCUCGGAAUCGCUCUGAGAAUAGCAACUGACUGGGCUAUUCCAAACGGAAACGGUGUCAAGAAUUAUGUAUGUUCACUGAGUCAACUCAUUUGGUAGAGAUGCCUUUUUGUACUUGUUGAAACUCAUAAAGAUCAAAGUCUUGUAGGUUUCGUGUUUCUGUGUAUCAAAGGCUGGAAGAUAGAAUGUGGAUUUCAGGACAAACAGCUCUGUAUGCCACACAUGACGUGACGUCGCAGCAGGAAAAGGCUUCCUCCAGAGAAGUAUAUUGGUGUAUAACAAAUGUUCAUAAUGAGACACAAGACUGUCUAGCAGUUUUCACUGUCUUUGUCUUGACUUAACAGAGACCUCUGUAUAAUAAACACACCUGAACUUGA